UCUAGUGUGAGAGUGAGAGAAACAAUAUCAUAUAGUAUCACUGCGUUUUGUGUGUUUACAUAAUGGGCCAUGUUGUAGGGACAUCCAUUUUCACUAGCCAUGUGCUUCAACCACUCUUUGCUUUCAACACGUCUUGGCAGUCACUAUAAAUACCCUUCAAACUUGUUUGAAUAUAUAUCAAGCCAGCUUUGUGGGAAUUCGUCUUCAAAGUUGUAUCCCAAUAUGGCAGAUAUACAAAGAGUUCCCGUUGCUGUUUUCUUAGUUUUGUUGGCUUUAGGCGUGUGUUCUGCUAGAAGGGCUCUACUCACUUUUGAUGCUGCUGGUGGCUAUGGUUUAGGCCAUGGCAUUGUUGGUGGAGGCGGUGGAGGAGGAUCGGGUGGUAGUGGUGGAUAUGGAGGUGGAGGAGGAGGAAGUGGAGGAGGAGCUGGAUAUGGAGGCGAGCAUGGAGUUGGAUAUGGUGGUGGGGGUGGGAAUGGUGGUGGUGGAGGCUAUGGUACUGGAGGAGAGCAUGGUGGUGGGUAUGGUGGUGGUGCAGGAGGUGGAGGUGGAGCUGGUGGUGGUGGAGAACAUGGUAUAGGAUAUGGAGGAGGUGGUGGAAGUGGCGGUGGAGGUGGAGCUGGGUAUGGUGCAGGAGGAGCUCAAGGAGGUGGAUAUGGCAUUGGAGGAGGAGGUGCCAGUGGUGCAGGAGUAGAGCAUGGUGGUGGUUAUGGUGGUGGUCAAGGUGGUGGAGCUGGUGGAGGUUAUGGUAAUAGUGGAGAGCAUGGAGGUGCUUAUGGUGGUGGUGAAGGAGGUGGAGCUGGAGGAGGUUAUGGUGGUGGGGGAGAGCAUGGUGGUGCUUCUGGGUAUGGAGGUGGUGAAGGAGGAGGAGCUGGAGGAGGUUAUGGUGGUGGAGGAGAGCAUGGCUCUAUUGGACAUGGAGGUGGUGAAGGAGGAGGAGCUGGAGGAGGUUAUGGUGGUGGAGGAGAGCAUGGCGCUUCUGGACAUGGAGGUGGUGCAGGAGGUGGAGCCGGAGGAGGUUAUAAUGGUGGGGGAGAGCAUGGUGCUUCUGGCUACGGAGGUGGUGAAGGAGGUGGAGCCGGAGGAGGUUAUGGUGGUGGGGGAGAGCAUGGUGCUUCUGGUCACGGAGGAGGCGAAGGAGGUGGAGCCGGAGGAGGUUAUGGUGGAGGAGGAGAGCAUGGUGCGUCUGGUUACGGAGGUGGUGAAGGAGGUGGAGCCGGAGGAGGUUAUGGUGGUGGGGCAGAGCAUGGUGCUGGAUACGGUGGUGGUGAAGGAGGUGGUUCUGGCGGAGGCUAUGGAGCUGGUGGAGAGCAUGGCAUUGGUUAUGGAGCAGGUGGUGGAAGUGGAGGCGGAGGUGGAGCAGGCUAUGGUGCUGGAGGGGCACAUGGUGGUGGAUAUGGAAGUGGAGGCGGAGCAGGUGGAGGAGCAGGAGGUGGAGCAUAUGGUAGCGCCGGAGGAGGCGGACAUGGUGGAGGAGCUGGAUAUGGAGAAGGUGGUGCACAUGGUGGCUAUGCUCCCUAAGAACUAAUAUAUCUAAGCGUUCCCUUUGAUGCAUCAAGAAUAAGUAUAUGUUAUUAUUAAUUAAUAAAAUCAUAUUCAUAAUUCAUAUUUAUAUUACAAGAGCGAGAUUAUCAUCUCACGAUUUAUAUGUAACAAAAAUAUUCUACAAUUAUUAAUUGUAAUAUUAUGAAACUAUUCUGAA